UUAUUUAAAAAAGUUGAGUUCGCCCUAAUUUCUUUUCUCCCAGGCACGCUUUCCAAAGCCGUCGUUCAGCUUCUCCGAUUACUUUUUCCUUCUUCCGGUUGCCGCUUUUCUCUCCCGUUCUUGUCUUCCUCCGAGUUCCUCCUCUGCUCGGUGUGCGUCGCGCCUUUCUCCGGUCUUUGGCCGUGAGCGAAGGCCGACGGAAGCUUACUUGUUCUCGCUGAUUUCUCUUCGUGCUCUCCGUCUUUUUUUUUUCGUUUUUUCGUCUCCGUUUCUAGUGCUUCCUCAGUCUCAGUCUCGUGUGUUGAAGAUCUAGAUUCUCACCUCCGAUUAGCUCUUUGCCAUGGCAGCCACCGCUGCCUCAGCCACCGCCGGAGCUCUUCCACCGGAACAAACGGAGCCGCCAGAUCGCCUUCCCUCCGUUGUCUCUCAGUCCUUGUCUUUAAUUCUGGAGCUCAUCUUCAGAGCGAUUGGCUCUCCCGUCUCGCUCUUCUCUACCGGAUCUGGCCUCUCGUCGUCAGUGAGUCUUCCUCUCCUCCUUGCAAGGUCGUUCAUUACCGUUAGAUCUCUGUUUCCCGGUGGUUCUCCUUUUGCAGUUUGGGUUGUAGAUCUUGAAGUUCGCUUCUGGCCAACCAUUGCCACGACCACUUUUCUCAUGACUGCUUGUUUAUUCUCUGACACAUCCAUCUCUCCUCCUCACCCGAUUCCCCAGGUUCACUCUUCCUCUCCACCUUCUGAUUCUUCUACCUUGGAACGUCAUCAGAUUUUGGUGGAAUUAGUGGCUCGGGUAUUGUGGAAUGCUGGUUUAGAACUUUCGUUGGCUCUUGUUGCCUUUGGUUCUACAUUUGUGCUCUCUUGUGGCAUUCAUAUCGCUUUAAUGCGAUCCUUUACUACAGUAUGCAGAUUUUGUUUUGAUAUCGCUAUGUCAAUGUUUGCUUUGAUGGCGUUUUCUAUCCUUUGUUGGCAACUUGGAAAGAGAACUCCUUUUAUUUGCAACUUUCUAGUGAAUAUGGUUCAUUUGGACUUCCAUAGUCCUCAUUUCUUCUUGAAGGAGUUUACUAUCCUCCCAAAUACUUCACUUUUGUUUAGUGGUAUUGUUAUAGGGAGCUUUGUGUUGAAGACCUUUUUAUUUGGAGUUGAAGCGAGGAUGUCAAUCUUCCCUCAUUUGGACUCAACGAGGUUAGUUAUUGAAGUUGGUUUGCUCUUGGAUUGGGAUUUGACUCUCUCGGAUCACUUUAAUAGUGACUCCGUUUUACCUUGUAUUGAGGUCCCUGUUAGACUUGUUCUAAUAUGGUAUGUUACUAAGGGCUUUGUCCCGAUCUCUAGCAUUGGCAAUUAUGUUUUUGUCGAUGUAAUUUGGGAAGUGCAGUCUCUGUUUAGGGCUAUGCUUCCUCAUUUUGGCACCCAUUGCCUCUUUGUUUUCCCAAAAGUCCCUCUUAUUUGGAGUGGUUUGGACAAUCAAGCGUUUCCGGUAUUGCAAGGAUCUUCCUCCCGGUUGUUAGCUUCCUCUGCCCUUGUUGCGGAGCUUGUAACCCUUUAGGUUACACUGGAUGCAGUCUCUCAUGAAGUCUUUUGGAUCGUCAUGUUUCCAUCUCGCUUGGCUUCUUUUGUAAAGCUGUGUCUUGCAUUUAUCCUUAGUGUAUCUUCUUGUGGAGUAUUUCUAGGCACUUCUUGCCUUGUUAUCUUGUAUUUCCCUUUUUUUGGGUUGUAAUUCCUCCUCUUCUGAGUGAGUUUGAGACUUAAUUUCAAUCAAAAUUAUCAGUUUGACCAAAAAAAAAAAAUAACUAAUA